AUGUCGCCUGAAUCAGAUUAUCUAUACAUCAAGAUUCCUCCCUUCAACUUUUAUAAGAAUGGAAAACCAGAGCCAGAAGAUAUCGCAGUAUAUCGAGCGCGUCCGUUUGUCUCGGCAUGCAAGACCAUUCUCGGGUCUGUUGCCGAGCUCCUAGGUGAUAGCAGCAUAAGCAGAAACACCCAGUGCCACCAAGCCAUUGUCUCCGCUUUGCAAGAAACCAAAGAGUUCUUUACCUUGCAAGCUCUAUUGUACACGCUGAAAGCCUAUAAAGACGGCUCUGAGCCUCUUCCGAAGAAGUGGACAGAGCAAAGCCUGCAGGAUGCCUUACACCGAGCCCAAUCCGCCAUACGCCAUUCAGACCACGCCCGAAAGCUCAACUAUGCUAUUAUGGUUUGCUUCAAGUUGUCCCAGGAAACCCAGGUUGAAUCCGGCAAUACUUGUCUUCUGAUCGUGACUGCGACACUCUUGGCAAUGAGGGCACGGACACUCCAGCAUGAGCCAGUUGCUCAAUCUGUCUGCACUUCCAAUGGCCUUCUCAGGGUCCAAGAUGGUUGCCUUGUUCUCCGAGAGCAUAAUCCUCCUAAUGACAGCGGGCAAUGGCUUGAUAUUAUCGAGCACCUCUCUCUUCCAACAAUGCCUGGCAGCCGAUGGGGCCUAUUUCACAGAGUUUUAGACCUGCCUUUUUUUGACCAAGAAAAGCUGCGGAGCUUCUCUUUCAUAACAAGUCACUGCGCCAACUCCUUGAUGCGUUCUACAAUAGGGACCUACACUGUCGCACGUCAGCAAGCCGCUACACUGCGCGAAAGCCUCCCAGACCUUACCUAUGAAGAUGAGAAGGUAUGCACUCUCAAAAUUCCCUGUAUUUACACUGCUGACUUUGAGAAGAUCAAGAUCAAGACUGCAAAUGCUCGCGCGCGGCUACCUCUAGAUCCUCCAGUGAGCACUGUAGCCCAUGUCAUCAACUACUCUCAGAUGCAGUAUUUUGCUUCAGAUAUACUUGGGGCAUCAGGGGACUUUAAUUGGUCAUUAGGGGCGGUUGCGAGUGUGCAGACCCAUCGGGAGUGGACAUACCGUGCUCCUCAGUAG